CCCAGAUCAUUUAGUUGGCAUACCCGACCCAACUCCUCCUCUACUAAGCCUCAAACCCACCUUCACAGUAUUUUCACAUCUGAGAGCUCCAAUUCCAUAGCAACAACAAGAGACACCGAGAGAAGCAAUACCCAAAUUUUAACAUUAAAAGGACAGCAGAGCAACUGGAAAAAGAUGCCGGUGAUGGAAAAGCUGAAAAUGUUUGUAGUACAAGAGCCUGUCGUCGCUGCUUCUUGCCUCAUCGCUGGCGUUGGACUCUUCCUUCCAGCAGUUGUAAGGCCUAUGCUGGACUCCUUUGAAGCGUCCAAGCAAGUACCUCAACCUGCUUUGAAUGAUGUUGUUGCUGGUAUAAGUGGUAAAAAACAGUGAUGCGAGGAGAUAACAUAGAUCUUUUUCUUUCCCAUUUUUAGCAUGCAGCUGAGACAAGGAAUAAAUUUUCUGAACUUCUUUUGGGGGCUGCUAUAGUGCUGUGUAUUUGACUACUCAAAAGCAUGAGAUAACAGUUGUGGCUACUCAAGAAUUUACAUCAACUUUUAUGUGUAACCAUUCGUCAGUCAAUUCCUCAUCCUUCUGACUUCAUUUGUUGGCUUUAUUGCCAUUUACUGGCAGCUCUCAAGGUGUCUAAUUAUUGGACCA